CGCAAACUCCACCCACGGUGAGAGAGACAAGCGUGUACCGGAGUGUGUGAGAGGGAGCGAGCGAGCAUCUAUUCUCUAAAUAACCUGUUGAUCCAGUCAAGCUCUGUCAGGCGCUCGCGGGGCUCUCUCGCUCACUCUUCCUCUUUGGCUUCACAUCCAAAGAAAAAUCUGCAGAUCAUGGAGUGAAAGCUUGAGGGAGUUUUCUGGCCCCAAACCAUGUCAGCAUUCAUUUGCAUCUGGGCCUGCUUCCUGCUGCGGCUCAGCACCGCCGCAACGGACAAGACGCCAGAUGAAAGCGUCACUUGUUUCGUGUCAGAGGAGUGCCACCUCCCGUGUAUGUUCCCCCCCGCUUCCAACCAGAGCGUGCGCUGGUUCCGGCAGGACGCGAUGAUGCUCAGUUUCGACGAAACGGCCAGUGAAGGCCAGCCGGUGGCCGGGCGGGCCGCCGUGUCCCCGCCCAUGAUCGCCGGGGGCAACGCUACUCUGGUCCUCAGGGAGGCGGCCCUCAAGGACCGCGGCACGUACCGGUGUCAUGUACGUACGUCCCAGGGGGAACACAGCGCCAAGGUGGUCUUGAAGGUGGAAGCACCCAUCCGAGGCCUUUCACUGGAGCUGUCGCGGUUAAGUGGCUACGAGGAGAUGAAGUGCAUCGUGCGGGACGUCUUCCCUUCGCCCCGGGUCACCUGGGCCACAGAGCCGCCCACCUUCGAGGACCUGCGACCCAUCACGCGCAUGCUGGCCGACAAGCGGGGCCUGUACACGUCUGACAGCAGGCUGAAGGUUCUGGAAGGCCAGCCGGACCUCAUCUACAUUUGUAAAGUCACCACCUCCUACGGGGGGCCCACCUGGACGUCCUCACUGCGGGAGAGAGCAAUAGCAGGUAGCGAGGGUCGAGAUUUGACCAUCCCAUGCUUCGCCCCGCCGUACCUGAACAGCCUCACACUCCGCUGGAGCUUCUCCAACGGCGAGGACCCGGUGCACAUCCUGACCUACGACAGCCACUCGGGGCACAGCACCUCGGCGCCGUCCUGGGACCACCACUUGGAGCUGGACGGCUUCAGGGUCCCGUUCGGGGACGGCUCGCUGCGCUUGAUGGACCCCGAACACGUCCACCACGAGGGCACCUAUAGCUGUGUCUUCUCCAUGCCGUACAACACGCACACGGAGCGCUCCGACGUCGCCAUCAACUCGCCCACUGCCAAUCGGAGCACCUCGCUGCAGACGUCAUACUGGUGGAUCGUCGGCCUGGUAGUGGCGUUGACAGUCCUGGUACUGGCAGCCAUGUUGGUUUACCUGAAGAUGCGAGGAAAAGCAACAAAAUCUUCAUCACGUGACCCUGAGGAGGAGACCGAGCUGAACUCGGUCAAAGGCGGAGAGGGUGAAAGUGAGAAGAGCAACCAACUUCCUGCCAGAGGCAACAACGGACAGACUGGACCCUCGUGACCCCCGACCCCACCCCUCCACACACUGAACUAUGUUUCUAUUGUAAAGACAUUUUGUAUGAAGUGAUGUCUACUAAAGUUCCAUAUUGAACCGGA